AGCUACAUGGAGAAACUCCUCCUGAAAAAACACCGCAGAGGACAAAUUGAAGAAUUUCAGCCCUUCGUCUGUCGUCCAACGCCGGCCAGAGCCACCCACACCUCCACCUGCAGAGACGGAUGAACUGAGCCAACAACUGACAGCAGAGCGGAUGGAGUUACACAAAUACUUUAACUCUCUCUUCACAAUCGGUCUCACUGAGGAUGAUGGGAAAGUGGACAGCCCUGCAGAAUCCCGUUUAAGCAUCCUAGAGUUAGAUGAGAUGGUUGGAGAUGCUGAAACGUACAGAUCUUUUGGAGUCAAGCAGGGAAAUAAGAGCAAAAUGUUUGCGGCUGUUGAAAAUGAAGAUUUAUCUGGAGGAGGAGAAUUUGGAUUUUCAGUUUUGACUUCCACACCGUCCUUCUCUACAAUGACCAAAGGAUUGUUCCAGGAAAGUAAUUCUGACAAAAAUAUCAACUCUUCUCAUGAGAUGUGGCAGCCUUCACAAGAGACAUCAUCAUUGUCAAGAUCAGAAAGCUUUUCUCCACUUCAAAUGAGGCUUCAGGGAUCACAGCACCUUUUGACUACCUCAGAACCAUUUCUGUCAAAUUCACGAAGAGGAGGCCAGAAAGCAGAACUGAGUGACUCUCCAAGCCCACAGACAAGGUUUUCUACAGCACAACCGGACAAACCCUUAGAGAUUCUGCCAACAUCAUCUCCUUCACUCCCAAAACCCAAUUUGAAUCAAACUUUUCCAGACUCUGAGGACCAUAUUUCUUUUGUCAGCCCCUCUUCUGCUAGAGUACCGUCUGCUAGGUCUUCUCAAUGUCAUUCUCCUGCAUUUCUUCUCAUCCCUAAACAAAGUCCAAAACCUCCAAGCUCUCCGUCCCCAAGGUCUAGACCUGUAUCCUCUCCGGUCAACCCAAUCCAAUCUAGAUCUGCUCAUUCUGGAACGAAACUAGCUCAACUGUCUCCAGAAAGUGCCAUCACUUCCCCAAGUACUGCAGUUCCUUCAUUAAGGCAGUUACCUAGAGAAUCAUCACAGUUUGGUUCAGUCUCAGAUAGAAGUACAUCUACUAUGCCUGUCCAUGAGUCCGUCAGGUCCUCUACACCAAGGGUUGAAUCCUCUCAUACUGAUGGGCACCAUUCACCCCACCCUUCCAAAUGGUUAAAGGGCUCACAAAGGUCACCCAAAACUACUGUGCUCUCCCUACAGCUGAGCAUGUCAGAUUCAGAAGAGGAAAUGACAGGUGAAGAUGCUUUCCUGGUGCCCAGUGAGGAAGACUCAUCUGAUGAAGAACUGAAACGAAUCACAGAUUCAGAAGAACAAAAGAAGGACGUUUCCUCUCCCACCACAAACCCUCCAACAGAUCCUCAUUUCGCUUUCCCGAGCCUCUCAAAGUCAGAACACAACAACACAGAACCGGUCCUGGUUACAGGAUCUUCACAGGCCCUCCAUUCUGUAUCCCAGCGACAUCACAUCCAGUCGGGGCAAUACCAAGACCUAGAAGGGUUCCUCACACUGGGGCUGGAUCCUGGAGUCCUGCAACACAGUCCAGCUCCAGCUCAAACCCCUAGAGAAGAGCAGAAUGACAUGGAGGGUUAUCUCGUUGCAGGGCAGGAGUCCUGGAGAUCUCGCAGCAGUUUUCAGCAUCACGCAGAGGAAGGGCUAGUCACUACACAGGUGAACGGCAGACCCAUCAGUAGCACCCCUCGUCCAUUCACACCAUGCUAUGGCAAAUGUCAUCACAGAGGCUGUGCUUCUCAGGCACCAUAAGCAGAUGUUCUCCCAUCUCUUUUCGGCCUCCGAGCACCGAGUCUCGUCGGCCUGACUCGUCAAACUUCCCGCUAUCUCGUGCCGCCCAGGAGAUCAGGGAGGUCCAGACUGUGGAGCAGCUCGAUCUCCAGGACUCUGAUGAGGAAGAGGAGGAUUGCCUCGCCCUGGCCUGCCUUGAAGAAGAGUUCAGAAAUAUAAGCACUACACCAUUAGAUCGGGGUGAGGAGGCUUAGUAGCUUAGACUUAAUUUUUCAAAAUAAAAUCAAUAUUCAUAUUUUUUUAAAGAUCAGUGUAAUAUAAAUAAUGGACAAGAUGAUAUGAAUGUUAGAUCUAUAGUGUAUAGUUAGUUAGGCUUUUAUAGAUAUUAAUAGCUAUUAUUUGGUGCAGAUUAUUACAAUAAAAUAUUAGACAUAUUCAGUUUCAAGAUUUCUCUUUUUUGGGGGGCGGGAGAACUGUCACUAAGUGAUAAGGGCUUUCAAUGCUGCAAAAAUAAAAAU